CAGUGGGUUAGUGUAGCCCUAACUCCUAUGGCUGGAGUUUUUGUAAGAGGAGAGGAAGUAACACAGAGAAGAAAGUCAUGUGACAGGAAGUAGAGAUCAGAGUUGUGUUGCUACAAGCAAGGAAUACCAAGAAUUGCUGGAGCCUUUAGAGGGACUAUGGUCCUUCCGACACCUUCAGAUCUGUGAGGGAGUACAUUUCUGCUGUCACUUGGUGUGAGAGCCCUGGGGAGAGGACUGGAAGCACAAAUGUGCAAGGCAGAAGACACGAUGAAAGUGAAAGAUGAAUACAGCGACAGAGAUGAGACCAUUCUGAAGCCGGAGCCCGUGGGAAAUGCGGAAGGGAGUGACAUUCCUUACAGCUACGCGAGAGAGUAUAAUGAAUACGAAAACAUCAAGCUGGAGAGACACGUGCCAUACGACAGCGGCAGACCGACCAGUGGGAAGAUGAACUGCGAUGUGUGCGGAUUAUCCUGCAUUAGCUUCAAUGUCUUGAUGGUUCACAAGCGAAGCCACACUGGUGAACGCCCGUUCCAGUGUAAUCAGUGUGGGGCAUCUUUUACUCAGAAAGGUAACCUCCUCCGCCACAUUAAGCUGCACACAGGGGAAAAACCUUUUAAGUGUCACCUCUGCAACUACGCAUGCCAAAGGAGAGAUGCGCUCACGGGACACCUUAGGACACAUUCUGUGGAGAAGCCGUACAAGUGUGAGUUCUGCGGCAGGAGCUACAAGCAGAGGAGUUCCCUGGAGGAACACAAGGAACGAUGCCGCACGUUUCUUCAGAAUUCUGACCUGGGGGACGCCGCAGCGAACGUGGAGGCAAGACACAUCAAAGCGGAGAUGGGAAGUGAAAGAGCGCUCGUUCUGGACAGACUAGCAAGCAAUGUGGCAAAACGAAAAAGCUCAAUGCCUCAGAAAUUCAUUGGUGAGAAGCGUCACUGCUUUGACGUCAACUACAAUCCCAGCUACAUGUAUGAGAAGGAGAGUGAGAUGAUGCAGACCCGAAUGAUGGACCAAGCCAUCAAUAACGCCAUCAGCUAUCUUGGGGCUGAAGCCCUGCGCCCCUUAGUCCAGACUCCACCUGCUCCCACCUCUGAGAUGGUCCCAGUUAUCAGCAGCAUGUAUCCUAUAGCACUCACCCGGGCUGAUAUGCCCAACGGGGCCCCACAGGAGCUGGAAAAGAAAAGGAUCCUCCUGCCAGAGAAGAACUUGCCUUCUGAGCGAGGUCUGUCCCCCAAUAACAGUGCCCACGACUCCACAGACACCGACAGCAACCAUGAGGAUCGCCAGAAUCAUGUCUACCAGCAAAGCCACACGGUCCUUCCCCAGGCCCGCAAUGGGAUGCCACUUCUGAAGGAGGUCCCGCGCUCAUUUGAACUCUUGAAGCCCCCUCCCAUCUGCCUGAGAGACUCCAUCAAAGUGAUAAACAAAGAAGGAGAGGUGAUGGAUGUGUUCCGGUGUGACCACUGCCAUGUCCUCUUCCUAGAUUAUGUGAUGUUUACCAUCCACAUGGGGUGCCACGGUUUCCGUGACCCUUUUGAGUGUAACAUGUGUGGAUAUCGAAGCCAUGAUCGCUACGAAUUCUCCUCUCACAUCGCUAGAGGAGAACACAGGGCCAUGUUGAAGUGAGCAUCAGUCUCCAAGCUCACAAUCUAAGGGUCAACAUUGUUUCUUAAAACUGAUGAUAGCCUUACCCAAUAGACUGAACUCACAUCCACAGUCCUGCCCAGUUAUGUUAGCACUCAGCCGUAUUUACAGGAACAGUCAGGGAAACACUGUCUUCAUCCAGAAACUGUUUGCAGAGCCAUCAUGUUACUUUGUGAAACCUUCCUUUCCUGUCAGUUGAAUUUGAUGGGAUUUAAAAGCCAAAGAAGUA